AUGAAGUCUGUCGCCUCUCUCUCCGCUGCCGCGGCCAUCCUCGCUGGCUCUGCCGAUGCCUUCUGGCGCAUGCCUUCCCACGGCCGCACUGCUCUUGCUCGUCUUGAUCCAAUCGUCGACAAGGGUGUCGCCUCUUCCCACGCCCACACAAUCCACGGUGGAAACAACUUUGGUGCCUCAACCACCUACGAGGACCUCCGCAACUCCGAGUGCACCUCUGCCCAGUUCGAGGAUGACAAGUCGGCUUACUGGACCCCAACCCUGCACUUCGUCCAUGAGAACGGCAAGACUGAGAUUGUCCCCCAGGUCGGUGGUAUGCUUGCCUACUACCUCCUCCAGGGCGACAAUAUCAAGGCUUUUCCCAAGGGCUUCAUGAUGCUUGCUGGUGACCCGCAUCAGCGCAACUUCACUCUCCCCGUACCCGACCCCCCAGUCUACGCGUGGACAGACGAGGACAAGACCCAGCGCGCCCUUGCCGCAAAGUCCAUUGGCAUGAACUGCCUCAACUACGCCAGGGCUCCCGAGGGCUCGCGUUACCGUCACACCUUUCCCAGCAAGGAGUUCCUCGAUGCGGAAUGCACAGACGGUAUCCGUGCCGAGAUGCUCUUUCCCUCAUGCUGGAAUGGAAAGGAUCUCGAUAUCCUUGACCACAAGAGCCACGUUGCCUACCCCAGCAUGCUUGACGGUGGCUCAUGCCCCGACGGCUUUCCCGUUCGUCUGCCUACCCUCUUCUACGAGACCAUCUGGAACACCUACGCCUUCAAGGGCCAGGCUGGUCAAUUUGUCUGGUCCAACGGUGACCCUACUGGCUGUGGUUACCACGCUGAUUUCAUGAACGGAUGGGACAUUGACACCCUCCAAUCUGCCGUUGACACUUGCACCAACCUCUCUGGCCGUACCGAGGACUGCCCCGUCUUUGCCGGUCGUCUUCAGUCUGAGCAGAAGCAAGAUUCGUGCAAGGUUGAGAAGCUCCCCAAGUUCCUUGACAGCGAUAACUGCGCUGGCCCUGCCAACGGCCUUUGCGGCAACAACCCCAUCCAGUACGGACCCGAGUACGCUAAGCCCAACGCUCCCUCUGGUGACAAGCCCGAGGCCAAGCCCACUCUCUCGUCCGCCUCUCUGCCCACCCUGUCGUACGCCCCUGCUCGCUCAAUGGGCGCCGGUGGCAUCUCCGUCUACAACGUCGCUGACAAGCCCACUCCCGCCGCUGAGUACAACAGCUACCCUGAGAUCACCCCCGCCGCCCAGCCCCCCAAGGAGGCCGUCAAGGAGGAGGCCCCCAAGGAUGAGAAGGAUGACGGCAUCGUUAGCACCACCACCUACACCAAGGACGGUGUUGUCUACGUUGUUGCCAUCAAGGAGGUCGAGGUCUACGUCACCGACCCUCUCCGCCGCCGCCAUGCGCACGCUCACCGUCGCAACAUUGGCAAGCACUAA